AUGAAAUGCUGCUUGGAAGGGACGGGGUCCAAACACUUUCCUGCAGUAUCCGGGACACGGCAGGGCCUGAUUGCGGGACACCUGGCAAGCCGCGUGGCAGCCCAAGCGCCGCUGGCCUCCCGCGCCCGAUCGGGCUUCCUGGCAUCGCUGAAGGCGUACCGGUCCUUCCCCCGGGAGCUGCGGUCCUGCUUCCCCUUCAGCCAGUUGCACCUAGGGCACCUGGCCACAAGCUUCGCUCUCCGCGAGGCGCCCCGGGACGUGGUGAAGAAGGAUAGGUAUGAGCGCACAGCUGAGCCCGAAGCGUUGAAGAAGGGCAAAGCAAGAGCUGAAAGGCAAAAGGGGGGCAAGAAGCGAGGCAAAGGCGAGGGCAAAGGCAAGGGCGGAAAGGGUGGCAAGAGUGGCAAGGGUGGCAAGGGUGGCAAGGGCGGCCCGGGCAUGAAAGCGAGGCCGGGGAAGAGCCCCGGAGUGAAUGCUGCAGAUGAGUUCGCGAGUUAGUC